AUGGAAGCAUUGGAUCACUUUAGUAGUGUAACUGGUGUGACUGCUAAUGCUGAUAAGUCCUACAUAUUCUUGGCAUGGCUUACAAGUGAAAUGCAAGAUGAGAAAAUUACUAUGAGAGGAUUUGUACCAGGAAUAUUCCCUAUAAGGUAUUUAGGGCUACCACUUUCUUCAAAGAAGUGGAGUAAGAUGGAAUGCCAGCAACUGAUAGACAAAAUUACAGAAAGGAUCACUACAUUUGUACUCCCCCAGAGUGUGCUUAAAGCAGUUGAUAAGAGAUGCAGUGAAUACUUGUGGGGCACAUCAGAUGAGCAAAAGAAGAUAGCACUUGUAGCUUCGGAAAAGGUGUGCAAGCCAAAGAAUGGGGAUUAA